AUGGAUAACCCAUAUCCUGAAGACGCGCUGCUUGACAACCAGCUCAUACACCAAGAUGAGCAGCUGGGUCAUACUGUUUUUUCAAGAGAAGACUUUGAAUACGCGCUAAGGGAUUUUCAAGAGGUAUCUGGUGGAGAAGAAGGAGGUGCCAUCUCCGAGGUAUCAGAUGCAGACUCGGUGUAUCUUGGGGUCCAAGAGCAGAUCAACAGGGCCCAAGCAGACAGGACUGCAUUUCUCGACACCUUUCAAAAUCCCCAGGAAGACGAUGACGAAGACAUUUAUGAUGGCCUUCCAACGAAACCUCCCCCGCGGAAAAAGGUCAAGAGGGCACCGCUGGUGAGGAAGGGGCCGCCAGUCAAGAAAGCUCCUCGCAAGGCCAAAGAAUUGCCCACAGAGAUCAAGGUGCUCGUCGAUGCUGCCACCAAUGCCUUCAUAGCCAAUCGCUACGAUGAGGCUCUACAAGCCGCAAGGGAAACCAUCCGCCUCAAUGCGGAAGUGGCUCCAGCCUGGGGAAUCUUGGCAGCCGUGUAUGAGGAGAGAGAAGACUGGCGGCACGCACUUGAGGCCAAACGUAUCCAGGCCUCACUCACCAAAGGCGACACACAGCUUUGGCUUGGUACGGCAGACCUAGCUUUGCACAUGGUGGAUGGCGCCCGUGAGGAUUCACCCGAAGAAAUAGAAAAGACCUUGAAAGUAGCUAUGGACUGCUACAGGAGUGUACUCCAGAUCGACAAGACAAACCUAGUUGCUCGCUUGGGCAAAGCCAACAUCCUCGCGGACUUGGGACAAUCCAGCAAGGCCGUUGCUGCUUAUCUCGACUACCUCAAACAGAGACCUUAUAAUCUUCGUGUUGUUCGCAGCCUGGCUGAGCAUGCAUACAAUGCAAGGCGGGCGAAGGAGGCAAUUGAAGCCACUGUAUCAGCAUAUGAAGUUUGCAUUCAGCAGUUCAGGUCAGGACAGACGUUGGAUGACGAUCAAGUUCUCGACUGGAUUGACGUCCGUAUCUUCAUAGAGCUCCUGGCUUCCCUGGAGAGGUAUGAUGAAUCCGCAAAAUGGCUCAAGUCUCUGGUGAGGUGGCUGGUAGGCCGCAAUGACGACCUUCUCUGGGACCAAUGCCAGGAUGAUCGUGAGUGGGACUUGGAUGAUGAUCGAAGGUUGGAGGUAGAGGGCUUCCAUCAAGGCCAGUUCCUGCCCCAAAGCUAUGGCAAUGGCCUACCUCUCGAGCUCAGGGGCAAGCUUGCCGUGUAUCGCUUUAGGACAGACAUGGAAGAUGAAGCAAUGAGACAUCUUAGUCACAUUGACCCAGAAGAUGCAGAGAUUAGGGGCAAGCUUCAAUUCACCCCUGACAUUGCCAAAGAGAUUGCAGACCAACUAUGCGAAAGCGGGAAGCCCGAGCGCGCCAUUUUAUACUAUGAUUUAUAUCGAGACCUAGUCGGCGAAGCAUUGGAUGCUGAAUACUAUGUCAAGCGUGCCAAGUGCCACGUGCAACUGGCAGAUGGGCCAGCGGCCGAGGAUUGCUUCAUCUACGCGCUCGAAGUGGACGAGGAUAACAUCGAGGCACGUUACGAGCUGGCAAAGAUGUACGAGGAGGCACAGGAACGAGACGAAGCGUUCAGGCUGGUUGGUGAGGCCUUGAGCUUGGAAGCUGGGCAGAGUGUCUACGACGGCCUCACGCACCGCUACGUUGUGGACAGGGGCAAGAUUGUGUCCAAGCCUAAAAAGUACAGAACAGGCGCCUCGAAGCGAGCCCCAAACACCAAGGCCAAAUACCGGCCGCGAAGACUUAUCGGCGGUGGCAGUGGCGAGUCGGCACGCAAGAAAUUCGAGGAUGAGGUCACGGCACGGCUCCGGGAAAGGUAUACCGAGUGCCAACGUCUCAAGGCUGAGAUGGAUGCAAAUGUGGCUGCAAGUGGCGGGCAUGACACCAACGACCCAGUGGUUGCCGAGUGGAUGUCGGCUGCCAAGGAGUUGGUGGAUGAUUUCAGGUCUUUCAGGGAGUUCUACUCUUGGGAACGAUACGUCUCCUCUCUCGGUUACGGGAACUUCUUCAAGGCGGAGGCAUCUGCAGACGGUAACACCGGCGAUGAGAGGUCUAGGUCCAUCGCCAACAUGGCAAAACGACUACACAACACUCUCGCUCCCGUCGAGACCGAAGGCGAAGAAGCCGCACCGCAGAAGAUCGAGCGCCAAGAGCAUCGCGGCAUCCCAUUCAACGACUGGCUGGACCUAUUCCUCGAGUACGCCAUUUCACUGGCUCGCCAGCAACGGAUCGGCGAGGCGUACGCCGUGUGCCAGUCGGCGCGAGACUCGAUCGUCUACGGCAAGGCUAAGGAUAGCCUGAUGCUCAUCCACCUGGCCUGGGCGUCAUGCGCCGUUCAGGCCGGCGACGAAGAGACGUGCGUCGCCAUCGCGCGCUACUUUAUGAUCCACAACCCCUUCGUCACCGACGGAUACAAGAUGUUUGCCGCCCUCACCCGCGUCUGCCAGACCUCGCCCACCUGGUACCAGUCCGGCCCGUCGCAAAAGUUCAUGCUCCGUCAGAUACGCCAGAUGGACGAGAUACUGGCCGCCAAGGCCAAGGAGGAAGAAGACGGGUCCGGCGCAGCGACCAACCCAGACUCGCAACCAUCUGCCCUUUCAGAAACGCAGAUGGCCUCUGCAACACCCGCCGCCGCACCUCCCAGCCCCACGGGCGUCGACGCGGUCCUCCUCGUCCUGUACGGGUGCAUCCUGUUUGCGUCGACGAGCUACCAGUACGCGCUGGCCUACUUUCUGCGCGCGCGGACCGUCGACCCGGACAACCCGGCCAUCAACCUCGUCAUCGGCCUCGCCUACAUCCACUGGGCGCUCAAGCGGCAGUCGCACAACCGGCAGUAUACGCUGAUGCAGGGCUUCUCGUACAUCUUCAAGUACUACGAGGACAGGACGACGCGCGGGGCCGCCGCGCCCGAGGAGCGCCAGGAGGCACACUACAACGUCGCCCGCACCUACCACCUGCUGGGGAUCCACGACCUCGCCCUCGAGUACUAUCGCAAGGUCCUGGUCGAGGCCAAGGCCGCCGGGACCGAGGUGGUGCGAGGCAAGGGUGUUCCCGCUAGGCGCCGGGAGGAUCUUAGUCUCGAGUCUGCCAUGAACAUCCGGACUUACUGUUUGAGCACGGGGGAUUUGGAAGGGGCUAGAGCUGUUACUGACGAGUGGCUGGUUUUGGAGUAG